UCUCCUACCAGACUCACUUUUAAUCCUAGAACUGCAGCCUGGCUGUCAUAUACCACCAUGUCCCUGGUGUCACUGAAAUUUCAGGCAGUAGGUGAAGAGGAGGAGGAAGACAAGGAGGCUGAGAGCCUAGACUCCGUGAAGGCACUGACGGCCAAGUUGCGGCUGCAGACACGGCGGCCGUCAUAUCUGGAGUGGACGGCCCGCAUCCAGAGUCAGGCCUGGCGCCAAACACCACUCCAACCUGGGUUAGGUGGGCCUGGGACCAUCUGUGGCUUCGCCUCAAUGGAUUCUGCCCUUGAGUGGCUCCGCCAGGAGCUGCUGGACAUGCAGGCGCAGGACCGGCAGCUGGCAGUGCAGUUGCUGAGACUGCGGGCGCAGCUGCACCGGCAGAAGGUGGACCAAGCCUGUCACCUGAACCAGGAACUGCUGGACGAGGCCGAGAUGGAGCUGGAGCUGGCCCCGCCGCUGCGGCACCUCGGCCUGACGCGCAUGAACAUCAGCGCCCGGCGCUUUACCCUCUGCUGAGGGACCCCUGCCUCUCCUGGG